UUUUAUUAAAUAAAAUUACUUACAAUUAUAAAAAGAAAAUAAUUUAAAUAUUAUACGUUCGGUUCUCGCGAUCGGUUCGGUAAAUAUAACACAUAUUUAAAUAUUUUUAAUUGUAACAAAUAUUUAAAUGAAUUAAAAAAACAUAAUAUAAGUAAUUAAAAAUAAAAAUACUGUGCACUAAAUUAAAAUUGUUUUUUUUUUUUUUUAAUUUUUAAAACUAUUGCAUCAAUAUACCAUAGAAUAUAAGUUAUAAAACAAGAAGAGAGAAAUAUAAUAUAACAAGAAAAAAAAAUAUUAUUAUUUAAUAAAAUAUUGUAUAGUAAUGUGCCUGAAACAAUUUCAUUUAAAUAAAGAAAAGAAUUCAUUUGCAAAAAAGAAGAAAAAAAUAAUAAAGUAAAUAAAGAAAAAAAUAUAAAAUUCACAAAAAAAUUUAUUUAUAAAUAUUAAGUAUUUAAAAAAUAUACAUAUACAUACACAUAUAUUUUCAAAAAUUAAAAAUAUAUUUUCAAUGAAAAAAGGGAAAAAUUUUCAAAUUUUAAUUAAUUUAUAAUGGAAUAGUAAAAAAGUGAAAUUGAAGAAAGAAAAAAGGAAAAAUUUACAAGAAUUUUUUAAAUAAAAGCAAACAAGAAUAAUUUGUUUUUUUUCCAAAAUAUUUUUUCAAAAGUUAUUUUCUAUACACACAAAGAAAAUCUGUUUUUAAAAUUUUGAUUACAAGAAAAAAUUAAAUAAAAAGGAAAAUAUAGAAAAAAAAUAUUAACAAAAAUUAAAAGAAAAGAGAGAAAAUUAAAAAGUUUAACUGUAAAAAUAAAAUUUUAUUUUCAUUUUAAAUUUUUUUUUUUGUUGGUUUUGAUUUUGUGAGUCUUUAGUUUUUUUGUCCACUUUUUUGUUUUAUUGCAAAAGUGGCACAAGUCGGGCUUGAUACCGCUCCUAGAGCAUUAAUGGCUCAACCUAGGUACGAUGAUGGCCUGCAUGGCUAUAUGGACUCUAGUGCAGCAGCAGCGGCAAUGUAUGAUCCACAUGCUGGACAUAGGCCGCCUGGAUUACAAGGUUUACCGCCACAUCAUUCACCACAUAUGAGUCAUGCUGCAGCUGCAGCAACAGUUAAUAUGCAUGGAUAUCAUUCGGGACAUGGUACACCUAGUCAUGUAUCACCGGUUGCUAAUCAUUUAAUGGGGGGAAUACCAGAAGUACUUAAACGUGAUAAGGAUGCUAUUUAUGAGCAUCCACUUUUUCCAUUAUUGGCACUUAUAUUUGAAAAAUGUGAAUUAGCUACAUGUACGCCUCGUGAUCCUUCAAUGAAUGGUGAUGUAUGUUCGUCAGAAUCAUUUAAUGAAGAUAUAGCAAUGUUCAGUAAAUCGAUUCGUUCAGAAAAACCUUAUUACACAGCGGACCCCGAAGUAGAUUCACUUAUGGUGCAAGCAAUACAAGUACUUCGGUUUCACCUCUUAGAAUUAGAAAAAGUACAUGAAUUAUGCGAUAAUUUCUGUCAUCGAUAUAUAUCAUGUUUAAAGGGUAAAAUGCCAAUAGAUUUAGUGAUUGACGAACGGGACACCACCAAACCACCAGAAUUAAAUAGUUCAGCGAAUGGUGAAGGUCGUAGUAAUGCAGAUUCAACAUCACACACCGAUGGAGCUAGCACACCAGACGUUGUGAGUACCCCCUUCGCGGGAGCACAUGGUCCUAUAUUGGCGAGCUACAAUGCGGUGGUGCACCCAUGUUCGUAGUACGAUUCUGACCUUCUUGCAAAAACGAAGCGGGUGCUCACAAUGCCCUGGGAUUAAAGAUUUUUAAUUUAAAAAAAAAAAUAAUAAUAAUAAUUUAAAUUAAAACAAAAAACAAACAAAAAUAACAAACAAAAAAUUACAAAAAAACUAAUAUAAAAAAAAAAAAACAAAAAAAAAAAAUCAAAUAACUGAAAAAAAAAAUGCCACAAAAUUUAAAUUUAAAACAAAACAUUUAAAUAAAAAUUUUAAUAAUAAUUACUAAAAUUUAAAAUCCGAAGAUGUUAAAAAAAAAAAAAAUUCACUAAAAUCUUUAAAAUAAUAGAAAAACAAAAAAAAAAAAUUAAUGGGUUUUUAAAACUGACACGUAUAGAACAAGGAAUCCAAAAAAAACAUAAAAAAAAGGAUUAAAAACUCGUUUAUUCUCAAUUAUCUACAUUAUACAAUACACAAACAACAAUUACACAAUACAAAAUAUAAAACUUAAAAGUACACCCAGAAAAAUUAAUUGGCAAAUUUUUAAUAUUCAAAAGAAAAGAAAACAAAACAACGUCAAACAAGAAAAUUUAUAAAAAAAUUUUAAUUCUGUUAUUCUUCUGGUGGUUUCAAAUUUCAUUAACAAUUCAGAAUAUCAAAAAAAUUUCGUAUAACAAUAUCAUUCUCAAAGGAGACAUAGAACAAAAAAAAAAAUUAUUCUACACCAAUCACAUUAUGCUUUGGUUUACAAAACUCUUAAAUUGAUUUAAUUUUAUAUUUUAAUAAUUUUAUUUUUUUUUAAUUUUUUAUUUAAUUUUCUUCUUAAUUUUGUUUCAUUCACUACGUUUCAUUUACAAAAUUUUUUGUAGUUCUCCGUUUCUAUACGUGUGAGUUUAAAAAAUACAUUAACAAAAAAUUAAGAAAAUUUUCUCCGAUUUUUUUUUUCCAAGUAAAUUUAAGAAAAAUUUUUUUCAAAAUUAGUUUUUUUUUUUUUUGCUAACAAUUGCAACGAUAAAAUAAAAUUAAUAUUUUGAUUCAAAAAUGUACAAAACAAAAAAUAUAUAUAUAUACAUAUAAAUACAUACGUACAUAUGUAUAAGUAUAUAUGUAUAAAAUUAAAAUUCGAUUUCAAAAAAAAAAAACAAAAAAAAAAUUGUGUUGUAAAGAAAAAAAGUUGAACAAAAAAAAAAAAUUGGAAACUACUUAAUAAAAUAAGUGCACAUCAUUUAUACUUUUGGACAAUAAGAAAAUUGAAACGAUAAAAGCGCAAGUCAAGAAAAUAUCGAAAAUGCAAAAGAAUUGAAACUAAAAAUGAGAAACUUCGUUUUUGCAAGAGGCCCAUAUAUUAUAGCUCGCCAAUAAUUUUUUUAAAAUAUUAUUAAAUGUUUUUAAUUAAUUUUUUUAUUCUUUAAAAUAAAAAACAACAUAAAAAAAUAUUUUUUUUUUUUUUUUCAUUAAAUUUAAAAUUUCAUAAUAUUAUUAAAUUUCUUAUCUCAACAACAUUUAUGGUGAAUGUUGGGUGUGUGGUUGAUUACACACGCUAAUCAUUUGAUCAAGCGUGUGAGGUGUCAUUAUCGUGUUAAAAUUGUGAAAAAUUAAAAAAAAAUAUUUUUUUUUUUGUUUCAUAAUUUUAAUAUUUUGAAUAAAACUAGAAUUAUUUUUGGUGCAAAAAAAAUAAUUAAUUUUUAAAUAAAAGUGUUUAAUUGCUCCAAAAAAUUUUUUUUUUAGAUUUUUAAGAAAAAAAAUAUUUUUUUCUGUUGUUGUUUUUUAAGUAUUGUUUUUAAUUUUUUUUUUUUUUAGAAAUCUUUAUAAUUUUCUUUUAUCUUUUUUUUUUGUGUUCUGCAUGUUGUACAAAUAUUUGAAUUUAUUUCCAAUUCCAGUUAAUUAAUUAAUUAUAUAUAUAUAUAUAUACAUAUAAAAUAAUUAAUUGAUGAACUAAAGGAAAAUUAUUCUUAUAUGUAAAAAAAAAAAAUAAAUUAAUAAUUAGCUUUUGUUCGCAUACUAAAAUUUUUUUAAAGCUUUCAAUAAUAUAAUAUUAAAUUGUGACCAGGUAAAUUCCAAUGAAUUAAUUUUAAUAUUAUCCUUAUAAUAUUCAUAGAAGCAUUCAUCCUCACGUUCUUCUUCCCCCUAAAAAUUAUAUUAAAAAAUUUUUUAGAAAAAUUAUUUGUGUUUAUUGUACGUUUGAAAAUUAAUUUAAAUUUUAUUUAAAUUAUAAUUUUCAAUUCAAUAAUUUAAUUGUUAUACGACUUUACAUAGGUCUGUUCUUUUGCGUCUAUUGAAUUUCUUUGUAUUUACUCAUAUAAAGAAUAUUCUUCAAGUUCGAAAAUCUUUUAUUGUUUAUUAAAAUAACUCGGUUGUUAUAGUCAACUGGUAAAUAACUUAAUGUUUAAAAAUAAAUAAGUGUUUUUUAUAUUUGGUAUACUGAAAUUAUUUAUAAAAUUUAAAAAAAAUUAUUUAUAAAUAUAAAAUUUAUUUUAAGUACAUACAUAUGAACAUAUAUGUAUAUGUAUUUGGUGUCUAUUUGCUGAAAGUAUGGCUCUUGCAAAACAAAAAACAAAUUUUUUUCACAAGUUUAUUGAUAACAAAAAAUUAAUAUUAAAUGCAUUUAUUUUGUAAUUGGGUACCAUUAUCAGAUGAAUAUUUUUGAUUCUACAAGCAUGUUAUAUACGUCCAUAUAUAAGGUUAUUUUCCAAGUUGUAUUGUAUAUGAUGAUUUAUGCGCAAUAUAUAAGCUUAAUUAUUUAUGAAGAAAAUGACUGCUUGGUAAACAUUUUUGUUAUUUUAAUAAAUUUUCAGCAUACAAAAUUAAUCUGGGGCAGAAAAUUUUACUUUAACUAAAUUGUUUCUUACAAUUCUUAAGGACAGAUGUUGUUUAAUAUUGUUGUAAUAAUAACAACGUUAUGUCAAAGUAUAAGUAAAAUUUUUAAUGAAAUUUUUCAAAAUUUUCGAAAAUUCUUACAAGAAUUAUUACAAAAUCUUAUUUUCACAAAUCUCAAUUAUAAUUAUCAAAAUCAUUUAUUAAAUUUAUAUUCAAUUCAGUUUGAUACUUAAAAUU